UUGACUUCGCGAUUGUGCGUGGUGUCACAAGCGAGUCGUGUAGUAGACGGCGAUGCUCUUUUAAAAAGCGAGUUUCUUGCGAGUGAUAAGUCAAGUGCUGUCGGCCGAAGAAUAAAUAAUCGGAGUAUCCUGGAGGCAGGAGAUAAGGAGAAUGCUGUUGGUGGCUAGCACUGUGUUUUUCGGGUUGACCCUCGGUCUCUCCCACGCGAGCAUCUCAGCCCUCGAGUCGACACCGAGCUCCUUCAACAAUCAUGGAGCUCCACGAUUGGAUUUGGACAGUCCAGAAAGUGGAUACCAUGGCCUGGUGAAGGAAAACGAAACUUUGGUCGAGGUCACGCCACAAAUACGAGCUAUAGGUGCCAAAGUCUGCUCCUUCCGUAUAGCGAACAAGCACCAUGGCGAUGCACCCUUCGAGAUUGUUUUGAAAGAGAAAGGAAUGGCAGAGCUGAGGGCACUGAGAGUUCUAAACUGCGAGAAACGGCGUAACUACAAGUUCGAUAUCGAAGCUGUUGGCUGCAACGGAUCGCUAUCGGAAAAUGCUACGGUACAUAUUACCGUGGUGGACGUGAACGAAUAUGCACCACAGUUUUUGCAACCGGCCUAUGUCAGUACCGUGGACGAAGGUCGCCUAUACGAAGAAGUUGUCCGCGUGGAAGCAUCCGACAGAGAUUGCACCCCGAAAUUCGGUGACGUAUGCAAGUAUGAAAUUUUGACAGCUGACCAACCAUUCAUCAUCGACAAUGAAGGAGCGAUACGCAAUACCGAACCAUUGGAUUACGAGCGAUCCCAUAACUACAUUUUGAGCGUGGUAGCGUAUGACUGUGGUAUGAAACAAUCUGCACCUGCUAUGGUUACCGUUAAAGUCAAUCGUGUAUGCGCCCCCGGUUGGAGAGGAAUUCCAGAAAGGGUUGACUAUGCCGCUGGCGUAGGUUCUCAACCGUUGCUUCCUUCCGCUAGGCUGGAUCUUUGCGACGCUCCCUGUAUAUUGCGCAAUGUUCGAGCCACCUUAACUCUUGCUACGGACCAUAUAGGGAAAGGUUGUGACCGUGACACAUACGGUGUACGCAGCCAACGUAAAUUAUGCGGCGCAUCUCGCGAUAGCGUAGAUUUAUUGCCAACUCCUGGGCCUACGACUUCCUGGACCGCAUCUUUGUCUCGAGACGAAGGCAGGGAAGCGGAUGAAAUCUUUGAAUUUGACGGCGUUGAUUCUGCUGCCAUUGUACCUAACGAUGUGCUGGAGCAUAGCCUGGCACAAAAAUUCACGGUCGGAGUUUGGGUGAAACACCGACCUCGACCCAGACAAGACCCUCAUGUUAAAGAACACAUCUUGUGCGCUGCCGAUGAUCACAAGAUGAAUAGACAUCAUUACGCCCUGUUUAUUAGAAACUGCAGACUGAUUUUGCUACUUAGACGUGAUUUCUCAGAGGGUGAUCCUAAUAUCUUCCGGCCUGCCGAGUGGCGUUGGAAACUUACUCAAGUGUGCGAUGAUAAGUGGCACCAUUACGCCGUUCAAGUCGACUUCCCCCACGUGACCUUAUUCGUUGAUGGAGAGGAAUGGCAUACAGACGAGAAGAAUCCGGAAGUGAUCGACGACUGGCCGUUGCAUCCUGCGAAAGGCGUUAACACAACUCUCGUUGUUGGUGCAUGCUGGCAGGGUUCCGAUAAUAAAACAAAACAUCAUUUCCGUGGCUAUCUGGCUGGACUGUCCGUGCUAGUUGGACGAAACGAGAAACCAGACGUGUUGUCUUGCUUGCGUCGUUGCCAGGAAGGUAUUCAUGUGCCAUCGAUGGAUCUGCUUCAACCUGGAACCCAAUUGCUCACCAAUUGCGAUCUAACAGAGGUACGAAUCGACGGAGAUAAUCGCACUAACGUCGAGACGCUUCUCCGUCGUAUUGGUUAUUCCAACUCCAGACGAUUUCCUACCCCGGGUCGCCGUAAUUUCCGUUUAGAAACAACGAUCGUUUGCGAAGGUAGUGAAGACAAUCCGCUCCCGGUACCAACUGUUCAAUCGUACGUCACUGUUCUACCACCACCUCGUCCAGGUAUAACUGUCAACGGGACCGGCUACGUGGCUAGGGAAUACGCAGAUUUUCGUCUAGGUGUACGCGUGUUCCCAGACACUCGUGUCACUGCCGGUUCCGCUGCCAGAUUGGAUGCAUGCGCGGUCAGUGUUUAUCCAAGUCUUAAUCCCGACCACGAGAGCUUAGGUUUACCUGGCGAUGCUCUGCGUAGAUUCCGUUCUAUCACUGCGCGUGUAGAUCGCGAUGGUGUUGUUCUCUCUGGCGCUGACACACCUUAUAACUACCAACAAUUGAUACGUCUCAUCAUGUAUACGAAUCGCAAGCCAGCUUACUAUCUUGAUCGUGUAUUCAAACUGACUUGCUCCGAGCUCAGCGGUCGAUUCGCUAGCAACGAAUACGUGCAAACUCUCGCUGUCAUUCAUCCGAAAGAGAAAACUACCGCUCUUCCCCAUUCUACUCCCGAUGAUCCACCAAUCGCCAGAAUUCUCGAACCAGCACCUGGACACGUGCAAUUGUCUCCUCAUCACGCAGAUUUGCCAGAAGAAUAUGCAACAGCCGCGCUUCGCGAAGGUAACAGAAGCAUCGGGGGUGCAAGUGGUAAUCACGCAGUUACCAUUGUCGCUGUUGCUUGUAUCUGUUUCUUACUCUUAAUGGCGGUGGUGGGAGCAGCGAGAGUCAGGGGAGCCGCAAAGAGACGACCAUCGGCUGGAGAUGAAUUGGCUGCCGAAACUGAAAUGGCCUGGGACGAUUCUGCAUUGGCUAUUACCGUGAAUCCAAUGGAGAGGCUCACAGAACACGAUUCUCAUCACCAGAGCCAGAGAGACGACGAUGUCGAUGACUCCGGAAGUUCAGAUUCCGAAGAUGGAUCGUACAGAGAUGACGAUUUAGAUAGUUCCGAUUGCGAGAAUGAUUGUGAGCUGAGCAAUGGCCGACAUCGCCGACAUAAUUCACCUCAUGAUUUGGAAUGGGAUCAUCGUGAUGUUUAAACUACUAUUUCUCUGCAUUCACCAUCCCCUUUCUUCAUAUGGUGAUUAAGUGGAGUACUAACUCAUAUUGUUUGUCAUUAAUCCCUUCCAAAAAAUCAUUAUUAUUUCUUUUCUUAUGACGCUUCGUAAUGCAUAUAGAACGAACGUGAUUCUAUAACGAGGUCUGGUAAAUUAUAAACUAUUCUAAUAUUUAUCACUUGGAACUUUUCGAACUUGAAUGCGUCUUUUAAAAGAACAUACUAAUAUUUUCGAUAAUUAAUCUCAUAUUCCUAUGUAUAAAUACGAAAGCGUCGUAUUAUAUCCGUCCCCAUAGAUGAAGACAUAUUGGUAUCGUACAAUGUUAAUGCACACCAACUAGUUAGUACUCUCCUUAAAAGCCAGCAAAAUUUGUAAGAGAGUGCGGGACGCUUUAUCGAAUAGUUAAACUCUUUCUGUCUACAACACGGUUGAUGUUGAUGGAUGAAAGAUACACGUAAAAGAUACUUAAGUUUACUGGGAAAUUCUCGGUAAAUAUUGGAAGUAAUUAAUUUAUAUUUGACUCUCAUUACUGCUAAUAAUUAUUAUUAUUAUUAAUAUUA